AUGAUAGUUUGGUUUUGGUUCUUUGGAGACCGUGAUGAUCUAGCUCAUACCCUAGCCCAGGUGAAUAAAAAACAGUCAACAAACAAAUCCGGUCAUUCAGUACAUGUCCAUGAAACCCAAAAAGAUUUUAAACAUACACAUAGCCAAACUACGUAUCAAAAAGCAUCAGUUUAUACUUCCAACAAAAUGGUUCAAACAGAAAAUGUUGAUGGUGACAACAAUGUGGAAAUCAGGCCUUUUGAUGAAUGUUUAGAUAUUUUUAAGACUCAGAAAUCGGCUGAACAAUUAAAUGAUAAUGAAGUAUUAAUGUUAGUGAAAUCAAACCAUAUAAAACCGUACAUGUUUGAAAAAUGUGUCAAUAACCCAGAGAGGGGUGUUGGUCUUAGAAGAAAAAUAAUUGCAGCAGAAAGCAAUCUGACGGAAGCCUUAAUAGAAUUACCUUACAUUGGUUAUGAUUAUUCUAAAGUACUAGGAACCAAUUGCGAGAACGUUAAGGAUAUGUAG